CCCGCUCUCGCCGUCUGCUCCCCCCCGCUACCUCCUCCCUCACCUUGACCUCCAGGCUCUGGUGGGUUCCGAGGAGGUGCGGCGUGACCUCUAUCACGAGGCUGGAAGGGGCUGCAGUUGCGAAACUUGUGAGAUCGAAAAGCUUGAGGUGGGAGAGAGGAACGGAGAACUGCAGAAAGGAGACAUGCCAGUGCGAAGCCUUCCUCCUGUUUGAUUGCGUUGAAGAUGCCACCAAACGAUGUUACGAGCGGAAAGACCUACUUGGAACUGAUCCAGUCCACAUGCCCAAAGCCCUCGCAGGAAACUGCACAACCACCACCCAAGAGCAAGAGAGAGCGAGCGGAAGAGAAUUGGAAGAUUCUGGAUGGAAUCAUCAAAGAGUCCGGGCAGUAUGAGAAGGGUUCGGAGCAGCGCGCCAAAUGCCUCGAGCGGCUGCACGAAGUUCUCAGGAGGAUCUCGAAGAGGCCCAGGACGGACGGCAUGUCCUCUCCCGGCAAGAAGAAGAUCUACAGCAGCGCUCAGGAGGAGUUCAUCGACUUCCUAGCCCCGUCCUGCAGUAUCUGCGGCCAGGCGUACGACGGAGGGUGCAAGUGUGACGAGCUGGCAGCGAAUGCCGAGUCGUUCCUUGCCCCGGACGAAGAGCUUGCCGAUAGCUCCUCGAAUAACGAUGGGACGUCGAGCGAGACCACCAACGGGAGCCCCUCGGGUGAUGCUUGAGGGGGCUGGAGAAGGAAGAGGUGUUGACGAGGGAUGACUGGGACGAAGAGAUUCUUGUGCUUGCUUGUGGACAAGCAGGAAGUGUUGAUGACGUGUUCAUUGUGCUCCGCCUCGUAGACGAUGGUGUAUUUUGAUCAGCGUGUACAUACAAGGUUGUGAAGGUUUGUGUUUUGACAUGGCGUGAGACUUAAGUCGUGAUUGCAUGCUUUGAAACCGUUUGUGGAAUAAUAAAGCUUUUGAUUUCACGUG